GCCCCGGCCCCGCCGCAGCCCCCGGUGGACGAGGCGGAGAUCUCCAGGAUAGUCAAUCUGCUGACGGAUCCCCUGCAGGCGCAGAUCCGGGAGCUCAGGCGCAUGACAACGCAGCAGGCCGAGAGGAUAGACACUCUGGAAAAGAGCUUGGCGCUGGCCACAGAGGCCGCGCAGUUGGCUGGCGGCAACGCCACCGCGGCGGUCGCGAGGGCCGCGGUCCUGGAGAAGCACGUGUCCGAGGAGGUGUGCUCGGCUGCGGCCUUUAACGAUUACAAGGCGACCGCCUCGAAGGAGCUGCUCGCGCACAAGGAGGCGCUCGAGGCGUACAAGGGCGAGGUGGCGAAGGGCCUCGACGCAGGCGCCAAGGGGCUGGAGGAGCACCAGCGCGCGCUGUCGACGCACAAGGAGGAGGCUUCGAAGGGCCUGUCGGACCUGAAGGAGGUGCUGGAGGCGCAGAAGGCCGCGACACAGGAGCUCGUUGCCCAGCAGAGGGCCGAGGCGUUCAAGAACCUCAGCGCUCACCAGGAGCUCCUGGAGGCCCACAAGGCCGCUGUCCAGGAAGCCUUUGGCACCGCCCGGGCCGAGGCCUUUGCGAACCUCACGGCCCACCACGCGCUGCUGGAGGCCCACAAGGCCGCCGUCAAGGAGGCCUUUGACUCCGCUCGGGCCGAGGCCUUUGCAAACCUCACGGUCCACCAGGCGUCGGUGCUCCGAAAUUUCACCGAGGCCCAGGAGCUCGUCAGUGUGCACAAGGCGGCCGCGGAGGAGGCGGUGGCGGCGCUGCGCGCGGAGGCGCAGAGGAAUCUAUUCAGCUGGAGGCUCUCAGCAACGUGA